AUGGCAGCAGCAGAGCCUUUCAAUCCCUCCAGAGCUGCUCACGCCCCAGUUGCUGCGUUAGCAGCACCAGCAGCAGCUACAGCAGCAGCACCCGCAGCAGAUGCUGCUGCAACUGCUGCAGCACCACCAACGCCUGCAGCAUCUCACAUUGCAGCAGCAGCAAAAGACGCCGAUAUCUCCUCGUCCUCCACGCUGCUCAGUAGCGCUGCACCAGGAACACCAGCAACAACAGGAGCACGCGGUGUUAGCAGCAGCAGCAGCAGUAACAACAACAGCACCAAAAGCAAAGUCCGCUUUCUUUCGUCUUCACCCCCAGCUGUUGCUCCUGCUGCUGCUGCAGCUCCAGCAGGGGCCACCGGCUUGUCAGCAUUGCCAAGCGUCGGUGUGGCUUUUUUGAGCACUUUUGCAAGAGGGUCAGCUGCUGCUGCUGCUGCUGCUACUGCUGCUGCUGGCGGCGUCAAGUUCGCCUUGGACGUGUCGGUUGCUGAGGCUGCAAUUGCUGCGGCUGAGGCUGCUGCUGGCACGUCUUCUGUGGAGCGCCGGGCCGCCGCCGCGCAGCAGCACCAAGUAGCAGCAGCAGACGCGCAUGCAGCAGCAGCAAAUACUGAACGGCAGCUGCUGCUGCUGGAACGCAGGCUCUACAAGAAGGGCACAUUAGCCAAGUUGCACACAGCUGUUCGGUUCACAGCUCAAAACCGCAUAAAGACUUUCUUGCAAGACGGCAGCCUCGCAGCAGCUCCGCUCCGGGCCCCUGCUGCCGCUCCUGCUGCUCCUGCUGCUGCUGCGCAGGGGACUGUGGGCGAGCAGGGGGGCUUGCUACGGUCGGCCCUGGCACCCGCCGCAGCAGCAGCAGCAGCGGCUACAGCCGCUUCAAGCAUUGCAGGAGGAACGAUGACAGCAAUGGGGGCUGCAGCAGGCGCAGCAGCAGCAGCUGCUGCAGCCGCAGCAGCGACGGGCGCGGCGGCUGCCAGUCUCUUCCCAGAAAGUCUGGGUCUUCGUGCAGCAGCUGCAGCAGCAGCAGCUGCUGCUGCGAACAGCGAGCCAGCAACAGCUAACGGCUUUAACAUUUCCGCUGCGACGCUUACAGGCGCAGGCACAGCAGCAAACACGCCAGCAGCAGCAGCAGCAGCAGCAGAGGAGUCCAAAGAGGGCCCUCGAAGGUGCCUCAGCGCCUAUGGGGAGAGACAGCCGGCCCGCCUUCAGUGGAUGGGGUAUGGGGGGGACGAACUCAACCAGGCCAUCCGGCAGUUCAUGAUCCUGUUCGCUGCAGCAACAGAAAAAGCGGGCGCAUGCUGGCGGAACCGGGCUUUCGCGGGGACAGGCAGCAGGCCUCUAAAGGAAUGCAGAAAGCCGGGCUUCUUGGGAGUCCCAGCGUACGGCAGAUCUCUAACCAGUCCUCGGAACGAGCAGCAAGCAGCAGGAACAUCAGCAACAGGUGCAGCAGCAGCAGCAACAACAGAAGCGAAAACUGCAGCAGCAGCUGGAGCGUCACCAAUGGCCAAAGACACACCUAAAGCAACGGCAUGUCCUGCAGCAGCAGCUCCUGCUGCUGCACCAGCAGCUGCAACACCUCCCGUGGAGACAGCAGUAACUCAAGCAAAGCCUGAAGCAGCAAGAAUAGCAGCGGAAGCCGCAGCAGCUCAGCCACAGUCGGAAGCACUGGCAGCAAGAGAAGCAGUAGCAGCGCAGCCACAGCCGGAAGCCUUGGCAGCAACAGAAGCAGCAAAAGCUCAGGGAGACUCUGAAGAAGCAGCAGCAGCUCGGGGAGAGCCUGAAGAAGCAGCAGCAGCAGCUCGGGGAGAGUCUGAAGAAGCAGCAGCAGCAGCUCAGACACAGAUUGAAGCAGCAACUGCAGCAGCUCAGACACAGACUGAAGCAGCAACUGCAGCAGCACAGGCAGAGCCUGAAGGAGCAGCAACAGCAACACCAGAAGCAGCAGCAGCAGCAGCGACACUCGAACCAGCAUUCUCGGCUGCGGUAGCAACUGCAGAAACACCUGCUGCACCUGCAGCACCAGCAUUUGUACCAGCAGCAGCAAGUGAAGCAGUAGCAGAAGAUGAAGCAGCAACAGCAGAUGAAGCAGCAGCAGCAUAUGAAACAACAGACACAAAUGAAGUGCGACAAACAAAUGAAGCAGCAGCAGCGAACGACGCAGGAGCAGCACCUGAGCCACCAGCAGCACCUGAACCAGUCGCAGCAAAUGAAGCAGCAGCAGCAGAUGAAGCAGCAGCAGCAGAUGAAGCGGCGGCAGCAGAUGGAGCAGCACCAGCAGAUGAAGCGACAGCAGCAAAUGAAGCAGCAGGAGCAAAUGAUGCAGCAGCAGCAAAUGAAGCAGCAACAGCAAAUGAAGCAGCAACAGCAAAUGAAGUAGCAGCAACAGAUGAAGCGGUGGCAGCAAGUGAAGCAGCAGCAGCAGAUGAAGCAGCAGCAGUGGAUCAAGUGACAGCAGUGGAUGAGGCAGCAGCAUCAAACGAAAUAGCAGCUACACCUGAACCAUCAGCAGCAAACGAAGCGGAAGAAGUCCCUGAAGCAGCAGGAACAUUUGAGCCAGCAGCAGCCUCACCUGGAGCAGAAGCAGCAGACGAAGCAGCAGCAGCAGCAAAUGAAACAGUAGCAGCAGACGAAGCAGCAGCAACAAAUGAAACAGCUGCAGCACCUGAACCAACAGCAGCACCUGAACCAAAAGUAGCAAGUGAAGCAGCAGCAAGUGAUGCAGCAGAAGCACCUGAGCCAGAACCUGCAAGCGAAACGGCAGCAGCACCUGAACCAGCAGCAGCAACUGAAUUGACAGCAGCAGAAGCAGGUGAUGCGGCAGCACCACCUAAGCAAGCAGCAGCAGAUGAAGCAGCAGCAGCACUUGCCCCACAAACAACAUCAGCAGCAACAAUAAACACGGCCAACUCCCUCAACGGAGAAGACGUAAGCGACCCAUGCAGCCAGCAGCAAGAUCUGCAACAGCAGCAGCAGGCGAACCAGCAGCAGGAGCAGCAGGAGCAGCAGGAGCAGCAGGAGCAGCAGGAGCAGCAGGAGCAGCAGGAGCAGCAGCAAGAGGAAAAGCAACAGCAGCAACAGCAACAGGAACAAAAUCUGCAGCUGGAGCCGGCACUGCAGCAGGACUCCGAACUUCUGCAACAGGAGCAGCAAAAGUUGUACGGGCACCUUUGGCAGCCUGCACAGCAGCAAAAGCGGCAGCAGCAGCAAGUAGCCGCACGGAGGAGCACGUGCAGUAGCUGCACCAGUAGCAGCAGCAGCAGCAGCAGUUCUUCGCAGUUCAGCAGGCGAAGACGUACGGAUGACAGCAGCACCUCCUCUUUCUUGCUGCAGCAGCAGCAGCAGAGACAGAGAUGGCAGCUACAACAGCAGAGGCAGCCGCAGCAACAACAGGAACUUUUGGGCCUGCAGCAACAGCACCAGGAGCAGGACGAGCGGCAGCAAAAGCAACAGCAGCAGCAGCAACAGAAGGAAGAAGAGGAGGAGGAGCUGCAGAGGAAGAUACAACUGCAGCGGAAGAUGCACUUGGGAACUGAAAUGACAGGAGCUGCAGCGGCAACGGCAGCAGCAGCGGCUGCAGCACAGGCAGCAGCAGCAGCAGCACUGCGGAGGGAAUCGGUCCGGCAGGAGCGUCUGAAUGCGCUGCACCUUAUGUCUUCAACCGGUGUGGCUGCUGCUGCUGCUGCUGCUGCUACUGCUGCGUCUGCGGCCGACCUUGCUGCUUCCGUCGUUGCUGCUACAUUUGCUGUCGCUAGUGCUUGA